AUGUUAGGACCAACUGUAUCCUUGCUCACUCAAGCUAUGAGAGCCGCCGUUGAUCACUUAAUUGGCUCCUCGGACGACUCCCUAAAUAUAUUGCGAGGUAUAGUGUCAAGAAAUAUGGCUAGUGAGGAAACUAAUUCCCAAAUUUCAAAAUCAAAAAAUGCGUCUGAAGAUGAAGCAGAAUAUGAUAACUUCUAUUUCAAUUUGAAGCAUGCGACAACACAGCAUAUUAUCCAACAGGAGAAAUUACUUGGUGAUGUUUUGGAGUUAAAACUGAAUGUUCACAAUACUGUUGCAGAAUUGUCCCUUCUGGAAACACCAGAGAAGAAAAUAAAUCUUUUAAGUACUGAUAAAUUGUUAGAUUCUCAUAAAAGGUAUUUGUCAUGUGUUUCUUCUUGUCAUAGUCCUGACAAUACGAAGAAUGUUGAUAAGAGAGUCGAAAUGAAUUACACUUAAUAAUAAAUAACUCUCUUGAUAUAAUCAUAAAUCUCAUCAUAAAAUAAUUAAUUUUAGUUGUAAAAAUUUUAUUGAUUUCUGCAUAAACAGUAACUAUUGAGUUUUACAUUUAGUCUGGAAAUAAAUCAUUAUGCAAAAUAAAAUAUACGUUUAUUUAAUUAUUUUCACAUUUGUUUACCAAUAAAUUAAUAAUUCUCUUGAUAUAGUUGUAAAUCCCCUCAUUAUAUAAUUAAUUUUAGUUGUGAGAAUUUUAUUGAUAUCUGCAUAAAAAGUAACUGUUUCGUUUUACAUUAUGUCUCGAAAUGAAUCAUUAUGCAAAA